UUCGUCUGCGGUAUAAAACCGCAAUCGUCCUCCCGGGGAAGGCACAGUUCGCAAACAGUCCUAGCCAGCUGCUAGUGAGGUUUCGGGGUAAUCAAUUUGCGCACCCAAUAGGUUCGUCAAACUGCAACAGUGUUGUGUGCAAGUGGCAAGUGAGAGAAAAUCGAAAGCAUUGGGUUGAAUCAUCAUGCGAGCCUUCGUGUUGGGUUCGGUGUUGCUGCUGGCUUCUGCCGCUUCCGGUUCGUACUUGGGUCAUGAAGUGUCAUCGCAGUAUCAGGCCCAUGAUGGCAUCGGUGGCUACUCGUACGGUUAUGCUGAUCCAAAUUCGCAGAAACACGAAACUAAGGAUGCUCACGGAGUGACCCACGGUGGAUAUUCCUACGUGGACGGCGAUGGCCACGUGCAAACCGUUAAGUACACUGCUGAUCCGAUUCAUGGUUUCCAAGUUGCGGCUACCAAUCUACCCAAAGGUCCAGCACCGAUCUAUCCGCACUACGGCAGCCCAUGGGUCCAUUCGUACUCUCCCAUCGUGUUGGGUCACAACGGUGCCCCCUUGGAAACUCCAGAAGUUCAAGCUGCCAAAGCUGCUCACUUUGCCGCCCAUGCCGAAGCCAAGGCUAGACUACACAAGCGCUCGCUUUACUCCAGCUCCUGGAAGUUCGUCCCAGCUCACAUCCCAGAGGUCAAAGCCAACCAGUACGGAGGCGUGCCAGCUCCCCACUUUGAUCGCCAUCAAGAAGCUCCCAUCCAUAAAUGGCAAGGACCUAUCCACAUACCGGUGAUCCACAACGGUGUUCCAGUGGAAACCCCAGAAGUUCAACAUGCCAGGGCAUUCCACGCCUCAGCUCACGCUCAUGGAUACGCCCCAGCUCAUGAACACUACCCGGGAACGCCAGCUGCCCAUGAGGAUCAAACCAAGUACGGUCCAUGGAAGGGCCCUGUACACAUCCCGGUCAUUCAUGGUGGAGUCCCAGUGGAAACCCCGGAGGUCCAACAUGCCAAGGAAGCUCACCUGAAUGCUCUGGCCAGUGCCCACGCCGCGGCCUCACACGGUCCCGAGGAUGAUGGUUCCUACAAACCGGAGCUGUGGGAUGACCAUCACUACCAGCAGGAUCACCGCUACCAACAGCACUAGUCUCGCCAACACCAUGCCAAAACUGCCACCUUACUAGAGCCAAAUCGGAUUUCAUUUGUUAAAAACGAUGAUUUUGAGUGCCAAACGGGAGGAAUGCUUCCGCCGCUACGGGCCCCGUUCCGUUCCCAGGUUGGCGGAAGUAGCUUCAACGCUCUCUAACUCUUUCCCUCUCUUUUUUUAUGUGUAGUCUCACUCUUUUGCACUGUUGUAUAAUGUUGAUUGAUUUGUAUGUAUGUAUGAAGAGAUACCGUAUGUUAUAAUGCAAAGCAUUGAUGAAAAUUGAA